AUAUUCCGUGGUAUCAGCCUGGGAAUCCGUUCAUCGUAUGGAAGGAACCAUCCGAAACGGCAUCAAUUGGACUGUGGUGGAGGAGCUGUCUACUCCACCCAUUUCCAGCCGAAUUCGAGCCAAGUUAGAGGGGAGAUGACCCAAAAUGGUUGACUGAGCAGCCUCGUGACGAGAUUCAAGCAACCACGCAAGACUUUGGCGACAUGAGCUUGGGCUCGCCAAUCAGAAUAGGCCGGCCACAGCUAGAGCAAGAACCCCCUUGGCCAAGGAGUCCACAAUAUGGUUCUUCCAAGCUGGACAGUGACGAGUCGAUCGUGAAUUUCUUUUUCAUAACAUUGCUCACGCAUUUUGGGCAAUAUGUGUCAGAGAAAACAAGAGAAUGGUCCCCCGAAAGACGGGCCUUCACUGUGACUAAGACAGAUCCGACAACGGGGAAAGAUAUCAAAAUCUUCACUGCGAUGGUGGAUGGUAUUCUUCGCGGUACUACCAAUGACGCGGUUCUGGCUAUCGUAGAGGUGAAGCCCUAUCUACGAUCCAGGGAUAAAAAUAAAGCUAGGAUGCAGGAAUGUGCUGAAGUAUCAGCAUGGAUCGCCGUACGUCCGCCUGCUGAUCUUGAACAAGGACGGAAAAAGGUGAAAACAUUCAAGCGCCUUCUCCUUUCACAAGAUCACCACGAGGUGUGGGUUACCUUUGCGAUGUUCCAAGCAGAGUACGUGGACUUUGUGCAGGGGCGCAAGGUAGAAGCGACACCACUCCUGACCUUUCAAACUUGGGGCCCUUUCCCAACAAAUAGUAGUAGCUCGACGAAAAGCUUUGCGCACAUCAUAGCAACUGUGAUCAAGCAGGGGAAUAUUGACGGGAACGAUUCGUGAUAUUUCGUGAUAUUUGGAGUCUGCAGUUGGCGGUUUAUUACAUCUAAUGUAUAACUAUAGACAAAAAAAUAUCCUCUUGUCUCCUACUCAUCUUUUUAGGGGGU